UCGUAAAGACGUCGAGGUUUAUUUAUAGCGGACAUUGAUGUUAGACAUCUAACAAACACCAGUCCUCUCCAGUAUCGUUUCAAAUUGAGUUGGAUUAGAACGAUGACCGAUCAAAUCGAGAUUCUUUGCGAUGGGGACAUUCCUUACGUUGACGAAUCAACAAGACCGAGACGUAGCAUCACAAGACAUGUGUCCGACAGGACUUGCAAUAGUUCAAGACGACACUCGUACUCCAGAGAAUGUCACAAGGUGUCUAGGAGCAUCUCCAUGUCCACCGAUUCACCCAUUAGCUACGGUCACAGGUUAAGUGUUGCCCGACAUGGGUCUGUUCGGUCUGACGGCAGUUUUAGAAGUAGUAGAAGAUCAUCGAGUAGAAGAAGUAGACACUCGUUGAGGCACAGUCCCAGCGUGAGAUCCACCAGGAGUGUAAGAAGCUCCAGAAGAAGUAGCUGCGCCCAUCAAGGUUUGAGUAGACAAUUGUCGAAUGGAGCAAGAAGUCAAAAGAGCAUCAGCAGCUACCAAGAGCCCAUUUCAAUAAAGGAGAAGAACCACAGAAGAAUUGUUGUGUGGGUGAUUGUCUGUACUUUUGUGUUCAUUCUAAUGUGUAGUGUUUUGGCUGUGGUGGUCACACUGACCCAUCGAUCGCAGUUUCAAGCUGAUAACGAAACCCUGUCUAACCAUCAUCUGAGAAAAGAAAAUGAAGAACUGAUGAACUCUCUCCAUCGAGAAACUAGUAGCAGCCACCAUAAUGGACACCAUAAUUCAACCUCUAUCAACACCGCAAAACAACAUUCAACAUUGCUCAAUAUAACGCCCGUUUAUUAAACUCAUAUUUUAGUGAAUAUGAUCACCUCUUUUCCACUUUAAGGUAACAAAUAGAAGGAAUGAACAAAAUUGAAAAAUCAAAAUAAUUAUAUACGUAUACCCGGCGCAGUCCAAUUGUACAACAAUAAAAAAUAACAAAAGGAGAAAUUAAUUUAGAAAACAGGGGAAGCUAUUUAAAAAAAAAAAUACGUAUAGGUACUUAGAACUAAAUUCACGUAUUUAUAUGCAUAUUAUUUUUUUCACUUCAAUUUUUGGCUGUCAUCAUGGAAUUACCUGCUGUUUUAAUGCCUAUCCAGGGACGUAACAAGGUGUGGUCAAACCCCAUUCAUUGAAAGCUCUCGGCGACCCUGAAUAUCAACUUAACCUUACUUAACGUAAAAUUUAAAACUGCAAGUACAACCCAAGACGCACUGUUCAGAGCAGAAUUACGUGGAGUUUUUAUUUAUCGAUCCAAAAUUUUUACCUAUUACAUUGUCUAAAUCGGGAGUAUUUAAGAUGUUUCACUUGAUAAGCAUGAUUUCUAAAUUAUUUGCACAAGAAAAAUUUACUUUCUUGGCAGAUAGUUGGUGAACAAUAGCAAACGUGCCAGCCCGAGAUAAAAAUGUUCAGUCUCUCAGAGUCUCUGAAAGCGAGACUCGAUUCUUUGUCUCUCAUCGAGUCUCUCUGGUGGCGCAGAGAGACCGUCAAAAAACCUGCUUAGCGUCUCUGAACGAGAGACUCGAGUCGCUCAUAGAGAGAUCCUCAUUUC